UACUAAAUAUAGAUUUUUUUUAAAGAAUUUAUGAAGAAAAAUAAUUGAGGCAAAGUUUGUGAAAGUCUUACUUAUUCAGCCUAGAAGUCCAUAAGGCACAUCCUGGUCGCAUUUCACGAGCCAAAACCGAUUUAACAAGUAGAAUGUCAAACGCAAUCAUGAACUUCUUAAGAACAAGAACACCAUGGAGGACAUCCUUCACUUUACGCCAGCUUUCAUGUACAACAGAAAAACUUUCAAAUGAAAUUACCAAGAUGGCGUCAGAUAAUGAUCCCGAUGGUCUGAAUAGUUACCUCCAAACAGCAAAUUCGGCAAGCAAAAUACUGGAAAUCGUCCACGAAAAUUAUAGAAAAAUGAACGACAAACACUCUAUGGAAGCUUUGAGAACAAUUUUUAAUCUCCAGAAAGAUGGAAUGUGUGAUAUAUCAAAAAACCAACUCGUAAAACAUCCAGAUUUUGAAAAAAUUUGCUCCAACAUUAAACGUUACUCGGGAGUUUUGGAAUUAAAUGACACGAUUGAAGCAUUAAAAGUUCUCAAUUACAUGGCAGUACCAACAAACAGUACUAUAAUUCAAGUGCUUCUACAACUAAUCAGAAAAAAUAUUAAUUCACUUAGUAUAGCUCACAUUCUUUAUGUGGACUUUUUAUUAAGAACCACUGAAAAAACGCCAACGCCAUUGUCUGAAGCUCUUCUAAUAGCUUUGCCAAUUGUAUUCAGUUUGAAUGUGAAACUUAAAAUGAACUAUGACAAUAUGCAGCAAAUGAUUGACUGUUUACAUUAUGCUGUUAAGCAUAAUGUAGAUUUAGAUAUUAUAAAUUAUAUUAUAAAACAAUUGGAAAAAUGUCCCGUAUUCGAUGCAAGUUCAGCUAGGAGCAUUUUAUUGUCAAUUUGUCAUUUACCUCGUGAUGACUUGUACGAGCCACUAGUGAAGAAAGCCACAGCUGAUCUAAUAGUUGACAUAGAUCAUCUUUCCAUUAAAAGCAUGGAAAUAAUUAUGAAUAAGUUGGCACAUAAAUAUACAAAAAGCUACACGUUCUAUUAUCAGGAAGUUUUGUUGGAUACAGUGGCCAAUUAUAUUAUUGACCAUAAUUUAGGAUUUAAACGGGCAGUAGGAGUUUUGAGGAACAUGGCAAGAUUGAAUCAUUUCAAUCAACGUUUGUUAGACUACACUGCAAACUACAUUCACUUAAAUCCUGAAACUGAACAAGAUGCAGCCGACAUUUACAGUAUUGUUGUAAACAUGGUCCUUACCGAUUACCGUCCGGCUCAUUGGGACAAUUUGAAAAGUUGGAUGAGUAGUGCGAAAAACUUGGCAACAGCAAAUCGCAGGGAAAUUAUUUGGAUUCGAUUUGCAGCUGCCCUUUGCAUUCUCGAUAUUUGCAAAAUCGACAUAUUAUCAAGGGCAUUGAAUGAAACUUAUGUAACGCACAUUUUGGAUAAAGGUUUCCAAUCAGAUUUUGAAAAUUACUUUGCAAUAUGGCAAUAUUUAACAGCUUACAAACCUGACUUGGUUCAACUAUUGCCAUCGCAAGUAAACCCCAAAAAUUUGGUCAAAGAUGCAUUGAGAAAAGAAGUAUUUCCUCUUGACGGUGCUUUACAAACUGCGUUUGGUGGAAAAGAGUUUGUUAAGACAAAUCUGUUUUCAAAAUUAGGAGUUCAAAUAGAUCACGCCAUUAUAUUUAGCAAUGGUUCCCCAGUACCGUUUAAACAAUCAGUAGAGUUUGUAGAGGAUAUUAAGUUAGGAAGUCCUUCUGAACAACUACUGUUAAUUUGGGCUGUCAACAAUAACUUUUACACAAUUAAUACAAAUACUUUAAGGGGACUGCCUUCAAAGACUCUAACUAUUUUAGAAGAAACUUUACAAUGUAGUGUGCUUCCAGUGAAUACAGAUAAUUGGCAAGAGAUGGCAGACUUUGAAAAAAUACCUUAUUUAAUGCAGAAGAUUAAAGACAAAAUGAAUUUGGAUAUAAAUGUUUUAGAAAGUGUUGCCUAGAUUUGAAAAAAUAAUAGUUUUGUGUAAAAAUUAUUGCCUUAAUUCUAAUUAAAACUUAUAGCUCCUACUAGGAGAUUCUUUAAACAAAAUAACUCUUGUGUGAAACUGGUACGCAGGGUCUUCUAACAAAUUUUGAAAUAGAAUUAUGCGAGGGGUGAACCACUAGUAGAAAUCAUUGUACAUCCGAGAGGUAAACCACUAGUAGAAAUCAUUGUACAUUUUUUUGGGAAUCACAUAGUAUUCAAUCAAGAAUACAUGGAAAUCACUUGGGUGUCCCUGGGAAUCGCUAGGAAUCUCCUAGCACUCCAUGGGAGUCACAUAGGAAUUCACUGGCAAUCACUGAGAAUCAUGCGGUAAUCGCUGAAAAAAAUUCUAUUGCUAAGGCAAUUUUUCAAGAUAUGUAGUCAGACAGUGGUUUGUCGCCUAAUGGUAAUAUUGAUUCUCUAGUGGACUAUGAUUUGGAUGCUUUCUCGCUCGGCAUUGUUACUGUUGAUUGAUUUUUCAGAGGCAGUGAGAAGUCUAAAACCCAGGGCAUUUGCUGGCGUAGAUGGAAUACCACCAUAUUUUUAUAAAGCUUAUCUGAAUAUUUUACAGAUCCCUCUGCAAACUAUAGUGAAAAAAUCCCUGGAUGCCGAUUGUUUUUCUGAUCAUUUGAAGAUUGGUCAUAUUAUAACACCGACUGAUAAGAAUAGAAAUACACAUCUCAUCGAGAAUUAUCGUCCUGCGACUUUUUUGCCUGCAUUGUCAAGGAUUUUUGAGAGAAUCGUACAUACUAAAAUUAGUCAGCACAUGCAAGGAGUAAUUAUUCCAUAGUAACAUGGUUUCUGUAAAAAUAAGUCAACUGUCACUAAUCUGAGUGUUUUUUUCUGAAUAUUUGAGCAGUAACCUCUGGAGAUUGGAUCUCAGACAGAUGUUGUGUAUACUGAUCUAGCGAAAGUCUUUGACAAGGUUAACUACGCUGUGCUUGUCAGAAAAUUUGAAUCCUUUGGGUAAAAUUACCGGUAAUUUUACGUAAUAACACCGGUGAAAUUGGUAAAAUUGAAAAAUCUUGGUGAUACUACAAUAAUGCAACAUUGAUUUUAAUUGUAGAAUACCUACUAAUGUUGGUAAGAUACAUACUAAUGGUGGUGAGAUGAAAUUUUUUAAGAAAUAAAUUAAAAAUGUUUACUUUUAUAGCUGGUAUAUAAUUAAUUAUUUGGCUAAAUUUCAUUUAGAAUAAAGAGUAAGUUUACAAAGAAGUAAGAAUAAUGUGUUAAUAAUAAUAUAACAAAAUAUUGACACAUAAAUCAACAUGGUGAUUGUCGACGUACUUUACCAUCUACUCUUAACUUUACUGCUUUUUAUUUUUCAAGAUGAAGAGAGACAAGUUUAAGUUUAACACACAUCAUUGGUUUCCCUAAUCAUUUUGAAGUCUCUACUGCUACGAAUACUAUGACACCCGUGUUUAUAAUUCUUGGACAAUUUUACCAGGAUAUAGGCAAUAUUACGUAAAUUACCGGUAAUUUUACCUUCGCAACUAAGUGGAAUUAUACUUGUCGUGAUCCCAGCGUUUAUUGAUAAGGUAUUUUCACUCCGGCUUAAUGACCGUUGUAAGUUGGAAUUUCUUCUCGACGUGGCUAACAUCUUCAGAGGUGCUUCCAUGUCCGAUUCUGGUAGCAGACUGACGCGUUCCUGACCGUAGGUUGUAUUUAUGUGUAAGUGGCAGUGGUGGGGUAGGGGCGGGGCUUCGCGGCACUUGGCUAAUCUCAACUUUCUCUGUGCUCAAUGAGAUCUUUCUUGCGUUUUUGAGGAUCGGGUUCCAGAUUUGGUUAAGUUUUAGUGUUUCUUCUUUCCUGUUGUAGUUCUCCGUAUGUUUGUGGAUUUCUAUAGCUUCACGUACAAGACGAUUGUGGUAUCCGGAAAUCGGUGCAAGAAGUUCGACCUCACUAAAGAGUAUUUUAUGAUUCCCUUCACUAAGCGCAUGUUCCGCAACUGCCGAUUUUUCCGAUUGUCCUAGUCUGCAGUUUCUUUUGUGCUCAUUCAUCCUGGUUCCCAUGGAUCUUUUUGUCGUUUCUAUAUAUAUCUUACCACAUGUGCAUGGUAUAUGAUAGACUCCAGUGCUUGACAGUGGGUUCCUCUUAUUCUUGGCUGAUCUGAUUGAUUGCUGUAUUUUAUUUGUUGGCUUGAAGAUUGUUUGUUGUGUCUCUUCAAGACUUUCCCUAUCCUGUCUGUCACCCGAGAAAUGAAAGGCAGAUAUCGAGGCAGAUUUGCAUUAGCCACCACUGGUUGUUCAUCCACGUUUUUUCGUGUGACAGUUUUGGGUCGCAUGGCCCUGUUAAUUUCAGAUGCAUUGUAACCAUUUGAUAGAAAGGGCGACUUGAGGUGAUCCAGUUCUUGCUCGAGAUUUUGUGGCUCGCAGAUGUUCCGAGCACGUUCUGUUAACGUUGUUAUAAUUCCACGUUUUUGCCUUGGAUGGUGGUUUGAGAGUGCAUGUAGGUACUUGUCUGUAUGUGUAGGUUUUUGGGACACUGUGUGGCUUAGUUUUCCUCCAGUUUUCUUUAUGAGCACAUCUAAGAAGGCGAUUUCUUGGCUUUUCUCCUUUUCCAUAGUAAAUUCUAUGCUAGGAUAUUGCGCGUUCAGGUGGCCUAGAAACUGGUUAAGCUUCUUUCCUUAGCAUUGAGACCGAAUCGACUCAUAUCCACUAUGGCAUUUUGUUGUGAGUUUCAACUGUAGCUUCAAUAUCCAAAUUGAGAAUUUCUUCUUUAUAUGGUAGUUUUUGUUCUGGCAUUUUUAUUCCAGGUUUUGGGAAACGAGUAGGUGUUUGUUUCACCAGGGUUUGUACUUGCCACCAGGAUUUGCCUUCCCUGUUUAACAAAUAAAAAUUGACUGGAACAAAUCAAUGACGUUAAAAAUGUUCGUCGGUUCUUAAACCAGAAGUCAUUCAUUUUAAUUUGUCAAAAAAAUUGAAUGUGUCAUAUGAAUUAAUCAACGACAACCCUUUUUCUUCAAGUUUCAAGGUCAAGUAUGAACCCUGGUGAAACGAACUUUACACAUAUUUGUUAUUCAAAUAUGUGCCAUGUCUUGAACAUAUCAUUCUUCAUUUUUUUUCAAUGCUGUAUAGGUACCACUCCCAAUCUGGAACUGGCAAAGAAUGGAGUAGUUCUGUUUCUGCUGGGAUUGUUUUGUUUUUCAGUAUUUAAAUGCAUAUCUCUGAGAAGGCGAUUAUCCCUAGGACAAAUCCUAGGGAAAAAAGGAGGGAAAAUCCCAUAAUUGUAAUGCCAAAUUUCUUAGCUUCCUCCUUCAUCCAUCCCCAUGCUCAGUAGUAAAUGAAUUAUCAGUUCCGAAUAAGGACAGACAGUAUGUCGAUGCCCCAGCAUGUAACGGUUGAGCUACUAUUAGAUAGGCAUGUACUGCUUGUACUCCAGUUAGAAUAUAUAUCUUGAUUGCUUUAGCAGAAGUGGCAGGAAACGUACCUUGUUGACUCAGGCUUCCCAGGAAUCUAUCCAGCGUAGAAAUUGACGGCAAACUAUUCUUUAAAUUUGCGAGAGUUUUAUAAAAUAACCUGGGUUUGGAAGUAAAUCUAACUAAAACAAUAUAUGACUAUUGGAGGUGAACAACGAACUCUGAAAUUGAAUACCAGACAAGCAAUAAACCAAUGUACUGAAUACAAAUAUUUGGACAUGAAAAUCUCACAUGAAGGAACCCUAGACGAAGCACUUAAAGAUCGGAAUAUACAAGGACGGAAGGCAAUAUCCCUACUAAAUGGUGUACUGUGGGACCAAAAUAUCAACAAAACUAACAAAACUAUGGUUUAUUUUUUUCCAAGAUAGAUUUUGGCAUUGUCAAUUUUGAAACAUAAACAAUGCCACUAAUGCCGCUUAUUGGUCGCUAUUGUGAAACUGAUGUCAACCUGCAGAAACACCUCAUUUUGCGACCAAUUAGGGUCAAGCGUUAUUGUUUAUGUUUCAAAGUUUUCAAUGUCAAAAUCUAUCUUGGGAAAAAAUAAAGUAUAGAAUAUACAACACCAUAGUCACAUAUAGUUCAGAAGUCUGGCCACUAAAGAACAGAACCGCAAAAAUGCUGGAAGCAACUGAAAUGGACUUUUGGGAGGAGAUCGGCAGGCAGGUCAAAAAUGGAGAGGAUAACAAAUCUGAGAAUUAGGGAGAUUAAUGGAUGUAAAACACACAAUAGUAGAUGAUAUAGAGGACAAACAGCUGAUUUGGUUCGGACAUGUACAAAGAAUGGCAGAUACAAGAAUACCCAAGCAAAUUAUUGAGUGGAAGCCCGGAGGAAGAAGAAGAUGCGGCAGACCAAGAAGAAGCUGGAGAAGUGGAGUGGACGAAGAAAUGAUAGACAGAGGCUUGGAGGAGGAUGCCUGGAUUUUUAGAGAUGGUUGGAGAUCGGGAAUCGGAAGAAGUAGAACGUUAUAAACCGAUAAUUAUACAGUGUAUACCAUUUAAAACAAAACAGGCUAAAUAUCUGAUGUCACUUUUUUUUUUUAAAUCGCUUGUACGCGCAAUUUGAUUGUGUGAGUGUUUGAAACAUUUUCAGCACUAACUUGACCCUCUAGGGGGGUGGGACCAAC